AUGUCUGGUGCUCCCUACACCAUUCCGUACUCUGGAUCCCGCGCAAAGGGCCCAGAGGACGGCUAUGCUCCCGAUUCUGCCGCUCCUGGUAGCACCAGCAGCGGUUACAAAGCUGCUGGAUCAGGUUACAAGCAGCCUGUCGUCGCCUCUGACGCUCCAGCAGCUGGCAACGCGCACUGCACUGGACAGCACGGCAAGGGCAACACCUACGGCACUCCUCACUCGUCUGCUCUCUGCCAUCCCAAGUACGCCAAUUCUGGCUCUUCCUACUGCAUCUACGAUGAUAGUCCUGGCAAGGGCGAGACUGUUCACCACAAAAAGAGCACUGUCAAGAACGGCAAUGGCCCCAAGACCUAUGAUGGCGCCUGUGACGAGCAAGACGUUGUCCCGGAUCUAGCUCCUUUCAACAAGGAACGUGGCAGUCGCCUGCUGUACCCCUGCGGCAAUUGUCACCUCUUUAUCCUCUAUCUCAAGAGAAAGCCUGACUUCUGCGACGUCUGCCGCAUGAUUCCCGACUGCCAGAACUGCGGUCGUGACUACCCCGAGAUGGGCGGCCAGGGCGUGCGUCGCCCCUCGAUCGGCUUCACGUUCCCCAACGGCAACGUCGGCACGUAUGACGCCCCUAAGCCCGAAUUUCCCUUUGACCUCGUCGGCGACUACAACUUUGGUCAGAGCAAGUAG